AACAAUUGACAUUGUUUUUGUUUCUUCAUACUUUCAAAACUCCCCAACCAAAACAACAAAACUAGCCGUUGUAAUCUUCCUAAAACAUCUCCUUAUCACUCCCCAUUACAUUUCUCAAUUCUCCCAUGAAACUUUCUUCUGUCUCUUUAUCUCUCUUUCUCUCUCUUCACCUUCUUAAUUGAUCACCACCAACAACCCAUAAGACAAAGCAAGCUAAAGAACUUGCUUUGUUGCUGUAUUUACUUGCUUUUUUUUUGAUUUAUUAACUGUUUGUUCAUAAAUUUUGAAUUAAUUUUACAUUUUUUUUGCAUUUUGAUUUAUGGGUAAUUGGUUUCAUAACCCAAAUUGUAAUGGGUCGAUCUCAAUUUCAAAAUUUGUUCGAUUUGGAUUGAUUUUUUCAUUCAUAUAUCUAUUAUUUCUGUCACCAAAAUUUGUAACAGGGCAAGAAAGUGAUGGAGAAAUCAUAACCCUUUCUGAUUUCCAAACCCUCGUAGCGUUCAAACGUGAGCUAAUCGAUCUUCGUGAUACGCUUAAAAGCUGGAAUGGAUCCAGAAAUGGAGUUUGUUCAGGAAGUUGGGCAGGAAUCAGGUGUAUGAAGGGACAUAUUAUUGCUAUACAACUCCCAUUUAAGGCCUUAAGUGGGAGACUCAGUGAUAAAAUUGGGCACUUGAAAGAGCUUAGAAGGCUUAGUCUUCAUGAUAAUCUUAUUGGGGGUACUAUCCCUUCUUCUUUAGGGUCACUCCCUAAUCUUAGAGGACUUUAUCUCUUUAACAAUCGUUUUUCUGGAUCUAUCCCUCCUUCAAUUGGAAAUUCCCCUCAGCUUCAAGCCAUUGAUCUUAGCAACAAUUUGCUCAAGGGUUUUAUACCUCUUAAUCUUGUCAAUUCUCUUAGAAUUCAUAGGCUCAAUUUGAGCUUUAAUUCGCUUUCGGGUCCUAUUCCUCGUAGCUUUUCGCUUUCGUCUUCCCUUACCUUCCUUGCCCUUCAAAGGAAUAACCUUUCUGGUUCAAUCCCAAGUUCUUGGACUACCCAAAAUCUUAAGUCAUUGACCCUUGAUCACAAUUCUUUCUUUGGAAGUAUCCCUUAUUCUUUGGGUAAGUUGGGUAAUCUUGAGGAAUUGUCUUUAAGUCAUAACAAGAUUAAUGGGACUAUCCCAAAUGAGUUGACUACCCUUUUAAAGCUUAGGGCUUUGGAUUUGUCAAGCAAUUCCAUCAAUGGUAGUUUGCCUAAAGGAUUUGUGGGUUUAAGGAAUCUUUCAUCUCUUAACCUUAAACAAAAUCAUCUUACAGGAGAAAUUCCUCCCAAUAUUGGUAAUCUUUCUAAAAUUAGUACCCUCGAUUUAUCAGAAAACAAUUUCACAGGAGAAAUCCCUUCCUCAAUUGGAAAUCUCUCAAAUUUGACAUCUUUCAAUGUAUCCUACAAUUCUCUAUCAGGCCAAGUUCCUAUUCACCUAUCAAAGAAAUUCAAUUCCUCCUCAUUUGUGGGAAACAUUCAGUUAUGUGGGUUUAGUCCAUCAACAGCUUGUAUUGCACCAUCACCAGAAUCUGAGACUCCAUCAGAAAGUCCAUUAUUGAGUCCAUUAUCUAGUAAUGAACCAAAAGAUCACCAUAGAAAAUUGAGUACAAGGGAUAUAAUCCUUAUAAUAGUAGGAGCACUACUUGCAAUUCUGUUUUUACUUUUCUGUGUUUUAUUGUGUUGUGUGAUCAGGAAAAGAACGAGCUCGAAAGCUCAAAAUGGUAAGACUUCAGGUAUAGAAAAGGGUUUUGCUGCAGGAAGUGCAGGAGCAAGUAGAGCGGAAGCAGGAUCGAAUGGCGGUAAAUUGGUGUUGUUUGAUGGCCCAUUUGUGUUUACUGCUGAUGAUUUGUUGUGUGCAACAGCUGAAGUCAUGGGGAAAAAUCCCUACGGGACGGUGUAUAAGGCGUCGCUUGAAGAUGGUAAUCAAGUUACAGUUAAAAGGCUUAGAGAGAAGCUUGCAAAGAGUCCUAAGGAGUUUGAGCUUGAAGUUGCUGCACUUGGAAGGAUUCGACACCCGAAUCUUCUUCCCCUUAGGGCUUAUUACUUGGGUCCUAAAGGGGAGAAGUUGUUGGUUUCUGAUUACUUGUCUAAAGGAAGUCUUUCCACCUUCCUUCAUUCUCGUGGACCAGAAACCGUGAUCGAUUGGCCAACGAGGAUGAAGAUUGCAAUAGGAAUAACACGCGGAUUGAACCACAUCCAUAACCAAGAGAACUUAACCCAUGGAAAUCUUACCUCAAGUGAUGUCUACCUAGAUGAGCAAAACAACCCAAGAAUAUCUGAUUAUGGGAUUCACAGACUAAUGACCGACACAGCAAAUUCCAAUGUUAUAACAACCGAUAACUCAGCAGGUUACCGGGCACCUGAAUUCACAAAGACGAAGAAAGCGAACACAAAAACCGAUAUCUACAGUCUAGGAGUGAUCAUACUAGAGCUGUUGACAGGAAAAUCACCGAAAGAGGAUCAGGACGGUCCUGAUUUACCGCAGUGGGUGGCAUCAACUGUCAAGGAAGAAUGGACUAAUGAGGUUUUCGAUCUCGAGUUAAUGAGGGAUGUUUCGACAACCGGAGAUGAAAUGCUUAACACAUUGAAGUUGGCAUUGCACUUGGUUGAUCCUUCCCCUGAUGCGCGACCGGAUGUUGAGCAGGUUCUUCGGCAGUUAGAGGAGAUUAACCCCAAGUUUACUGCUGAAGUUGUUGAGGAAUCUGCUGAGAAAGAGAAAAGCCAUGACUGAUCUGAAUGCUAUGUGUUGUGUGAUAUGUAUCUAUAUUCUUUUCUAGUACAUAGGGAUUCUAUUCUUUAUUCUUUUCCAGUAUAUAGUAAUCUUAUUUAGGUGAUUGAUUAGAUUUCAUUAUUCUUUAAAUAUAAGUAAUAAAGAAGGUCUAUUUAGUGAUGUAAUAUGUUUGUAGUUUGUGAUUUGUACUUUGUAGUAUACAGAAAAUCAAUGAAUUUGAGGAAUUUCAGUUUAA